AUGAGGCUAUCUGCUAUCCUCUGGCUCUCUUUGCAGAUAAUAGCAGCCUCAGCACACCGUCAUACCCUACAAGUGGAUGAUUAUACAUGUGGCCCUAGUCGGGAGUGUAAGAACAAGGCAUGCUGCGGUCCCAAUCAUGUGUGCGGUUUUGGGGGGCUUUACUGCGGCAACGGAUGUCAAUCCAAUUGUGAUGCUAAGGCAGAAUGCGGUAGGGAUGCCGCAACUCCCGGACAGCUGUGUCCAUUGAAUAUUUGUUGCAGGCGCACAGGGACGACUGAUGAAUUUUGCAAAUCUGGAUGUCAAUCAAACUGCAAUGACCCAGAACGCCCGUGCCCGGGCAUUAAUGGAGAUAUCCGUAAUAGGGUUAUUGGAUAUUACGAGUCGUGGAGGGCGGGAGGCUCCAAAUGUGGCACCAUGGCACCCGAGGAGAUCCCGGUCGAAUAUCUAGACCAGGUGAACCUUGCGUUCUUGUAUAUUGACCCCAAGAGCUACCAGAUCAUUGCCAUGGAUAAUACAACCAUGGCUACGGAUUUAUAUGCCCGAGUGGCGGACAUCAAGACGCGUAACCCAGAAGCAAAGAUCUGGGUUAGCAUUGGUGGAUGGUCCUUCAACGAUCCGGGAACCUAUCAGUCUGUGUUUUCCAAUCUUGCGGGCGAUCAGGCUUCUACGCAGACAUUCAUCAAUAACUUGAUGGAGUUUCUCGAUAAGUUUGGUUUUGACGGCGUUGACCUGGAUUGGGAAUAUCCUGGUGCAGAUGACCGCGGAGGCCGCACUCAGGAUGACUGGGGGAUCUCCAUUACUGUACCCACACCCUACUGGUACCUCCGAUGGUUUGAUAUCAAGGCUUUAGAGAAGGUGGUAGAUGAGUUCAAUCUCAUGGCCUAUGAUCUCCAUGGCACCUGGGAUCGGGACGAUCCAAUCGGUCCCUACGUUUACGCCCACACAAACCUCACGGAGAUCGAUCUGGCCUUGGAUCUGUUCUGGCGGAAUGAUAUCAGCCCCAGCAGUAUUAACCUCGGGUUGGCUAUAUCAUUUCCGACUACAAUCUCUCCCCCAAGUACGACCAGGAUGCGGGGCGUCUAUCAUACUACCUACGGGAAAGGGGGCGCUAAUUGGGUUUCGUUUGAUGACGCCAUCUCAUUCAAGGCUAAGAUCGAUCUUGCCAACAAGUAUGGGCUCGCUGGAGUGUUAAUCUGGGCCGUCGAUCAAGACGAUCAGUACUAUCAUGCAUUGCGAGGCGUGACCGGGAAAGAUGUGGAGCCCAUUUCCACAGCCCAGGAUGGCUUUGGGGCUUUUAGUGUGGAUCAGUGCUAUAUUACAGACUGCAAUGCCAGCUGUAAAGAUGGCGAUGUCACAAUGACCAAGCUCAAUGAAGAUGAGAGCGGUCGUGGAUGUUCUGGCAAGAACCACAAUGCUCGGUCAUGUAUGUGCUCUGCUGGAUGCGUUGUGUACGCUUUGAGACUGACUGGUUAUCGGACUUAUAUAGUUUGCUGUCCUGCGGUGAACGCCCCCGAUUCGUCAACCUGUUACUGGACCGGAGGCCCAGUCAACUGUCAUGGCCAAUGCGCGGCCGGGGAGGUCAGUAUGGUCUUGGAUGACUAUGGGGACAGUAAAAAGCGAUGCACCAAUGGGGGGCAAGAAAGUCUGUAA